AUGAACAACACACACGCUCCCCCACACGCUCCCCCACACGCACCCUCACACGCACCCUCACACGCUCCCCCACACGCUCCCCCACACGCACCCUCACACGCUCCCCCACACGCUCCCCCACACGCACCCUCACACGCUCCCCGCUUCCUCACACGCACCCUCACACGCACCCUCACACGCUCCCCCACACGCUCCCUCACACGCUCCCUCACACGCUCCCCCACACGCUCCCCCACACGCACCCUCACACGCUCCCCCACACGCUCCCCCACACGCUCCCCCACACGCACCCUCACACGCUCCCCGCUUCCUCACACGCACCCUCACACGCUCCCCCACACGCACCCUCACACGCACCCUCACACGCUCCCCCACACGCUCCCUCACACGCUCCCCCACACGCACCCUCACACGCUCCCCCACACGCACCCUCACACGCACCCUCACACGCUCCCCCACACGCACCCUCACACGCACCCUCACACGCUCCCCCACACGCACCCUCACACGCUCCCCCACACGCACCCUCACACGCUCCCCGCUUCCUCACACGCUCCCCCACAUGCUCCCUCACACACCCUCACACGCUCCCCCACACGCACCCUCACACGCUCCCCCACACGCUCCCUCACACGCACCCUCACACGCUUCCCCACACGCACCCUCACACGCUCCCUCACACGCUCCCUCACACGCACCCUCACACGCUCCCCCACACGCUCCCCCACACGCACCCUCACACGCACCCUCACACGCACCCUCACACGCUCCCUCACACGCUCCCUCACACGCUCCCCCACACGCUCCCCCACACGCACCCUCACACGCUCCCCGCUUCCUCACACGCACCCUCACACGCUCCCUCACACGCUCCCUUACACGCUCCCCCACACGCUCCCCCACACGCACCCUCACACGCUCCCCGCUUCCUCACACGCACCCUCACACGCUCCCCCACACGCUCCCUCACACGCUCCCCCACACGCUCCCCCACACGCACCCUCACACGCUCCCUCACACGCUCCCUCACACGCUCCCCCACACGCACCCUCACACGCUCCCCCACACGCUCCCCCACACGCACCCUCACACGCUCCCCCACACGCUCCCCCACACGCACCCUCACACGCUCCCCCACACGCACCCUCACACGCUCCCCGCUUCCUCACACGCACCCUCACACGCUCCCCCACACGCUCCCUCACACGCACCCUCACACGCACCCUCACACGCUCCCCCACACGCUCCCCCACACGCACCCUCACACGCUUCCCCAGACGCUCCCCCAUACGCUCCCUCACACGCACCCUCACACGCACCCUCGCACGCUCCCCCGCACGCACCCUCACACGCUCCCCCACACGCACCCUCACACGCACCCUCACACGCUCCCUCACACGCACCCUCACACGCUCCCCCACACGCACCCUCACACGCUCCCCCACACGCUCCCCCACACGCACCCUCACACGCUCCCCGCUUCCUCACACGCACCCUCACACGCUCCCCCACACGCUCCCUCACACGCACCCUCACACGCACCCUCACACGCUCCCCCACACGCACCCUCACACGCUCCCCCACACGCUCCCUCACACGCUCCCUCACACGCUUCCCCACACGCUCCCCCACACGCUCCCCCACACGCACCCUCACACGCACCCUCACACGCUCCCCCACACGCACCCUCACACGCUCCCCGCUUCCUCACACGCAAUUACAAUUACUUCAUUUAUACAAUAA